GGCGCGCGGGAAGCGCCUGCCGGGCCGGCCCCCUCGGCCUCCGCCGCGCGUCAUGGCCGUGUCUGUGCCCGGCUAUUCGCCCAGUUUCAAAAGGCCUCCCGAGACACUGCGGCUGCGACGGAAAAGGGGUCGGAGCCUCGGCGCCGCCUCGUCGCCCGCGGAGCGGCCCGAGCCGGCGACCCGCCGCGCCGCCCGAGCGGCCGGGCUGCCCCUCCGUCCGUUCCCGGCGGCGGGUAGAGGCGGCGGCGGCCCGGCAGGGGCCCGAAGGAACCCCUUCGCCCGCCUGGACAACCGGCCACAGGCCGCCUCCGAGCCUCCCGAGGGCCCGCCCCGCGGCCAGCAGGAGGCGCCGAGCCCGUUUUUAGAUUCUAAUCAAGAAAAUGAUUUGCUUUGGGAAGAGAAGGUUCCUGAAAGAAGAGCCAUUACAGAAUUACACCAGACUCCUCAUGUAUCAUUCUCCGAAUCUGAUAUUCCACCCUCAGAAAGUACUGAGUUACCUGUGGACUGGAGCAUUAAAACACGACUCCUUUUCACCUCUUCUCAACCCUUUACCUGGGCAGAUCAUUUGAAAGCCCAGGAAGAGGCUCAAGGUAUCAUCCAGCAUUGCAGGGCAACAGAAGUUACUUUGCCUCAAAGUAUACAGGAUCCCAAACUCUCCACGGAGCUCCGCUGUGCUUUCCAGCAGAACCUCAUCUAUUGGCUCCACCCUGCCUUGUCUUGGCUGCCAUUGUUCCCUCGUAUCGGAGCUGACAGAAAAAUGGCUGGAAAGACAACUCCAUGGUCAAAUGAUGACACCCUGCAACACGUGUUAAUGAGUGACUGGUCUGUGAGCUUUACUUCUCUAUAUAACCUGCUGAAGACAAAACUUUGCCCUUAUUUCUACGUUUGUACCUAUCAGUUUACUAUCCUGUUCCGUGCAGCAGGAUUAGCAGGAGAUGAUGUCAUCACAGCUCUCAUAUCUCCUACAACUAGAGGUAUAAGAGAAGCUAUGAAAAACGAAGAUAUUGAGUUUUCUCUGCCGUUAAUAAAAGAAAAUGGCCCUGAGAAGAGGAAAGCGUCUGGAACAGGCUUGCAGCAUGGGGAGGAGCAAGCCGUCAGUGAUGAGGAUGAAGAAGAAGGUUUUUCCUGGCUGGAAGAGAUGGGUGUGCAAGAUAAAAUUAAAAAACCAGACGUACUUUCUAUCAAGCUGCGUAAAGAGAUACAUGAAGUACAAAUGGAUCACAGACCAGAGUCUGUUGUGUUGGUGAAGGGAAUGAAUACCUUUACACUGCUAAAUUUUUUGAUCAACUGUAAGAGUUUAAUUGCUACCUCAGGUCCACAGGCAGGACUUCCACCAACCCUCUUAUCCCCAGUAGCUUUCCGAGGUGCCACAAUGCAAAUGCUUAAGGCUCGAAGUGUGAAUGUGAAGACACAAGGUCUUUCUGGAUACAGAAAUCAGUUUAGUUUGGAGAUUACAGGCCCCAUUAUGCCUCACGCUCUACACUCUGUGACGAUGCUACUCCAGUCUUCACAGAAUGGGUCGUUUUCUGCAGGACUGUAUACACAUGAGCCAACUGCUGUAUUUAAUAUCUGCCCACCAAAGGAUAAAGUAGUGGAUAAGGAGGCUGUUCAUGAGGAGCUUGCCAACUGUGGAUUGCACCCUAAAACUUUGGACCACCUUUGUCAAACACCAAUCCUGGGAAAACUGUCCUUACGGCAUGUGGAAAUGAGUGACUACAUUUUUAACUGGAGAUCCUGAACACCAAAGUAAGCCUAAAAGGAAUCUGUGAGGAAAAAACCCUUCUAGCACGGAAAUUCAAGAUUCUUAUACCUUUGGCUUUAAAGUUCACUUUGGAAGUUACCCAAAUGUUUACAAAUAUUAUUCUUUCACAGUAACUUUUUAUUACAUGCACUAAGCUUAAGAGUAGGAUUAAGGUUUUAAAAAUCAUUUUGUUUUUACUCUUUUGAUGAAGAUAAAACUUUUUUAAAACUUGAAUGAAAAUUCUAGGUCCAUUAAUUAUAAAUGGUAGAAAAAUAAGUGUUUCAUUGCAAAUGGAAAUUGAGGCUUAGUAUCAAUUAUCUUGAGAGAUUGUGAGUAACAGCAUCGGGGCAAAACUAACAGUUGGCUUAGGAGACAGCCUAUCUACUGGGCUGAUUGAUGGUGCUUCCACCUUAGCUGGUUUCCUGCCUGUUUAUGAUUCCUCUGUUCUCAAAUACUUGUUUUAAUGCGUGUUCAUCCUGAUUAGGGUAUUUUGUAUUCCAUAUAGAACAGGGUCAAGAGUUGUAAAGUUCGCUCAGCUGUCAUAACAAAGCAGUAUUUAAUAUGUUCUUGUAGGUUAUUUGUGUGUGUGUGUAUAUAUAUACAUAUAUCAUUCAAAUUUUCUUAAAUAAAAGUGCUUAGAAAUCAAAAGCAUUGGGUAAAGAAGUAACAGUAGUGAAGAAGUAUGUGUUCACUUUGUAAUCCAGAAAAUAAAACACCACAUUUAUUCCAGAGAAGUUUAUAUUUGGGCCUUAAGCUUUUGAAAAUAAAGUUUAGAGACAUAGCAUAUGAAUACCACUGUAAUACACAUGAAAUAUUCUAUCAGACCC